CGGUCGUGGAGGCCCGCGAGGCCGUCCUGGGCGUCCUGUGCCUGGCCCUCGGCCCUCGCCGGUGUCCCUGGCUCCUUUCUUAUUUUAGUUGGGCUGCAGACCGCUCCAUGUCCUCUAGUGCAAAACACCCUGCCAGGUCACCUCGCCCACUCGCCUCCUUUUCCAGCUCUUGUUGCUUUAGGGACAGUUAGGGGGAACUUGGGUGGCCCAGGGCCAGCUGUGUUUCCCUUGCGUUGUACUUUGGGCCUGUUCGAUCCGUGUUUUGCGCUCUCUCCCGCGCUCUGUGGAGGUGCCCACGCCUCUGCCACUUGCUAGGCUGAGUGAUACAGGUCAGCACCUCAUCUAUGGGCACUUUCCCAAAGCAGGUGAAAAUUGUGGAAGUUGGUCCCCGAGAUGGACUGCAAAAUGAAAAGAAUAUCGUUCCUACUCCAGUGAAAAUCAAGCUGAUAGACAUGCUCUCGGAAGCAGGACUCCCUGUCGUAGAAGUCACCAGUUUUGUGUCUCCCAAGUGGGUUCCCCAGAUGGCUGACCACACUGAAGUCUUGAAGGGCAUUCAGAAGUUUCCUGGCAUCAACUACCCAGUCCUAACCCCGAAUUUGAAAGGCUUUGAGGCAGCGGUGGCUGCAGGCGCCAAGGAAGUGAGCGUCUUUGGGGCCGCCUCAGAGCUCUUCACCAGGAAGAACAUCAACUGCUCCAUAGACGAGAGCUUCCAGCGCAUGGACGUGAUCUUGAAGGCAGCUCAGGCCACCAAUAUUCCAGUGCGGGGGUACGUCUCCUGUGUGCUUGGAUGCCCCUAUGAAGGGAAGAUCCCCCCAGCUAAAGUAGCUGAGGUUGCCAAGAAGUUGUACUCAAUGGGCUGCUAUGAGAUCUCCCUGGGGGACACAAUCGGCGUGGGCACCCCAGGGAUCAUGAAAGACAUGCUGUCAGCUGUCAUGCACGAGGUACCUGUGGCUGCCCUGGCUGUCCACUGCCAUGACACCUAUGGCCAGGCCCUGGCCAACACCUUGAUGGCCCUGCAGAUGGGUGUGAGUGUCGUGGACUCUUCCGUGGCAGGACUUGGAGGCUGUCCCUAUGCACAGGGGGCAUCAGGGAACUUGGCCACUGAGGACCUGGUCUACAUGCUAACUGGCUUGGGCAUUCACACGGGUGUGAACCUUCAGAAGCUCCUGGAAGCUGGAGACUUUAUCUGUCAAGUCCUGAACAGAAAAACCAGUUCCAAAGUGGCACAGGCUAGCUGUAAACUCUGAUCCCCUGGGCCAUCUGGGGCCCCGGGACCUGUAUGGGAGUAGGAGCAGGCAUGGAUGAUUCCUGAGCGGGAAAUGAACAAGAGAAUGAAAUUAAAGGAGCAGGGCCUCCCAGCCAGCUCUGCACGUAGGUCCCUGGCAGAAGGGAAAUGAGGGCCAGGGGACUUGCUUGGCCUCAGCCCUCCCUGCCAGACCUAAGUAGGAGUGAGUGGCCUUGGGAAUGAACAGCUCCCUUCACUGUGGAUCUAGUGGCCCAGGAGUCAAGUGCCUGAGGUCACCUGGGAACCUACUUGGGAUGAUCUGUAAGUCUCAUUCUGGGCGCAGUUGGUCUCAUUCUGGGUGCAGUUGCCAGCUGUCUAACCACAUGCUCCAUCCAGCCUGGCCGCCAGGCCACUGCUUUCUGCCUUAAAGCAAGGGGUGGGGAGUUUUCUCAAGGCUGGCAGAGGACUUUUGCACAGAAAUGAGGGCCGAGCUUCUGUGGUGGCCAUCUGCUGACUCCAUCAUCCCCGGAAAAUCUCCACUCUGAAUGUGAUUUUUGAAAAGAGGUUAUGUAAUUAAAGGUUUAAUUUUCCAGUA